AUGAACGGAAGCUACAGCAAUGCAAGUGCGAGUUCAAGCUCGAGUUUAAAUAGCAGCUCCCAUGACGCAGAGGAUGACCAAGCAAUUGCAACUAUGUUGGCUGAAGACGAAAAGCUCAAAAUUGAUCACAGAUUGGGGAAAAGGCUCUCCCACUUAGAUUCCAUUCCGCACACUCCUCGGGUUAAUGGGGAGAUAAUACCUGAUGUGAAUGAUGCUACCCAAGACCAUGAGCGGCUGUUGGAAAGGUUGGCUACAUAUGAUUUAUCUGAACUGCAGAUUGAGGGUGAUGGAAAUUGCCAGUUUCGAGCAUUAGCAGAUCAGUUGUUUCGCAAUCCAGAUUACCACAAGCAUGUACGAAAACAGGUGGUAAAGCAGCUAAAGCAUCACAGAAAACUCUAUGAAGCUUAUGUCCCGAUGAAGUACAGACACUACUUGAAGAAGAUGAAGAAAGCCGGGGAGUGGGGAGAUCAUCUUACCCUUCAGGCAGCUGCAGAUCGAUUUGGAGCCAAAAUUUGUGUAAUCACCUCUUUUCGAGAUGCAUGCUAUAUUGAGAUCCUUCCUAAAGACAGGAAUCCUACCCGAGAGGUUUGGCUGAGCUUUUGGAGUGAAGUGCAUUAUAACUCAUUGUAUGCAAGUGCAGAUGUUCCGACAAGAAAUCCCAGAAAGAAGCAUUGGCUGUUCUAG